UAUGUUACACUAUCCCCUGUGGUCUACAUCACUACCUACCGUAGUACGGUAAGUAACAGUUCUAUGUAUGUUACACUAUCCCCUGUGGUCCACAUCCCUACCUACCGUAGUACGGUAAGUAACAGUUCUAUGUAUGUUACACUAUCCCCUGUGGUCCACAUCACUACCUACCGUAGUACGGUAAGUAACAGUUCUAUGUAUGUUACACUAUCCCCUGUGGUCCACAUCACUACCUACCGUAGUACGGUAAGUAACAGUUCUAUGUAUGUUACACUAUCUCCUGUGGUCCACAUCACUACCUACCGUAGUACGGUAAGUAACAGUUCUAUGUAUGUUACACUAUCUCCUGUGGUCCACAUCACUACCUACCGUAGUACGGUAAGUAACAGUUCUAUGUAUGUUACACUAUCUCCUGUGGUCCACAUCACUACCUACCGUAGUACGGUAAGUAACAGUUCUAUGUAUGUUACACUAUCUCCUGUGGUCCACAUCACUACCUACCGUAGUACGGUAAGUAACAGUUCUAUGUAUGUUACACUAUCUCCUGUGGUCCACAUCACUACCUACCGUAGUACGGUAAGUAACAGUUCUAUGUAUGUUACACUAUCUCCUGUGGUCCACAUCACUACCUACCGUAGUACGGUAAGUAACAGUUCUAUGUAUGUUACACUAUCUCCUGUGGUCCACAUCACUACCUACCGUAGUACGGUAAGUAACAGUUCUAUGUAUGUUACACUAUCUCCUGUGGUCCACAUCACUACCUACCGUAGUACGGUAAGUAACAGUUCUAUGUAUGUUACACUAUCUCCUGUGGUCCACAUCACUACCUACCGUAGUACGGUAAGUAACAGUUCUAUGUAUGUUACACUAUCUCCUGUGGUCCACAUCACUACCUACCGUAGUACGGUAAGUAACAGUUCUAUGUAUGUUACACUAUCUCCUGUGGUCCACAUCACUACCUACCGUAGUACGGUAAGUAACAGUUCUAUGUAUGUUACACUAUCUCCUGUGGUCCACAUCACUACCUACCGUAGUACGGUAAGUAACAGUUCUAUGUAUGUUACACUAUCUCCUGUGGUCCACAUCACUACCUACCGUAGUACGGUAAGUAACAGUUCUAUGUAUGUUACACUAUCUCCUGUGGUCCACAUCACUACCUACCGUAGUACGGUAAGUAACAGUUCUAUGUAUGUUACACUAUCUCCUGUGGUCCACAUCACUACCUACCGUAGUACGGUAAGUAACAGUUCUAUGUAUGUUACACUAUCUCCUGUGGUCCACAUCACUACCUACCGUAGUACGGUAAGUAACAGUUCUAUGUAUGUUACACUAUCUCCUGUGGUCCACAUCACUACCUACCGUAGUACGGUAAGUAACAGUUCUAUGUAUGUUACACUAUCUCCUGUGGUCCACAUCACUACCUACCGUAGUACGGUAAGUAACAGUUCUAUGUAUGUUACACUAUCUCCUGUGGUCCACAUCACUACCUACCGUAGUACGGUAAGUAACAGUUCUAUGUAUGUUACACUAUCUCCUGUGGUCCACAUCACUACCUACCGUAGUACGGUAAGUAACAGUUCUAUGUAUGUUACACUAUCUCCUGUGGUCCACAUCACUACCUACCGUAGUACGGUAAGUAACAGUUCUAUGUAUGUUACACUAUCUCCUGUGGUCCACAUCACUACCUACCGUAGUACGGUAAGUAACAGUUCUAUGUAUGUUACACUAUCUCCUGUGGUCCACAUCACUACCUACCGUAGUACGGUAAGUAACAGUUCUAUGUAUGUUACACUAUCUCCUGUGGUCCACAUCACUACCUACCGUAGUACGGUAAGUAACAGUUCUAUGUAUGUUACACUAUCUCCUGUGGUCCACAUCACUACCUACCGUAGUACGGUAAGUAACAGUUCUAUGUAUGUUACACUAUCUCCUGUGGUCCACAUCACUACCUACCGUAGUACGGUAAGUAACAGUUCUAUGUAUGUUACACUAUCUCCUGUGGUCCACAUCACUACCUACCGUAGUACGGUAAGUAACAGUUCUAUGUAUGUUACACUAUCUCCUGUGGUCCACAUCACUACCUACCGUAGUACGGUAAGUAACAGUUCUAUGUAUGUUACACUAUCUCCUGUGGUCCACAUCACUACCUACCGUAGUACGGUAAGUAACAGUUCUAUGUAUGUUACACUAUCUCCUGUGGUCCACAUCACUACCUACCGUAGUACGGUAAGUAACAGUUCUAUGUAUGUUACACUAUCUCCUGUGGUCCACAUCACUACCUACCGUAGUACGGUAAGUAACAGUUCUAUGUAUGUUACACUAUCUCCUGUGGUCCACAUCACUACCUACCGUAGUACGGUAAGUAACAGUUCUAUGUAUGUUACACUAUCUCCUGUGGUCCACAUCACUACCUACCGUAGUACGGUAAGUAACAGUUCUAUGUAUGUUACACUAUCUCCUGUGGUCCACAUCCCUACCUACCGUAGUACGGUUGCUGUUGCUGGGGGUGAUAGAAAUGGCAUGGAACACGUAUCCCUCCACUGAUUUCAGUAGUUCAGCCCUCCACGUGUGUC